GAGGGGCGGGUGCGCAGCAAGCGAAAAAGAAACCCGCUCGAGCUCCCCAACCAGCCUCCUCCUCCUUCACCAGGCAGGCAGCAGAGAGAGAGGGGAUCUGGAGUGGCGCUCCUGCGUCCGUCUGUCGGCCGGUCGGAGCACUCCAUCUGCAAGACCUAAGCCCCUCCCGACGGCCCGCCUUCACUGCUAAGCGCGCCGUCGAAGGAGCGCGCCCAGUCAGGGAGACGCGGGAGGGUCGCGAGAGCCAUCGGCAGUCCCAUUGGAGGCGCCCUGCGAUUCGGCAAGAGAAGGCACCCUUUGGAUCCCCGGCCAGGUCCUGCCGCCUCCCGGGUUUGGGCCGCUUUGCGCGCUUGGUGUGGAUUUUCCCCUCUGGAGUUUUACUCGACGGCACUUCGGAGAACAGGCGGCAGCUGCUGCGGGGUUUGGGGGAACGUGCGUAGCCGGGGACCCCCUUCAGGCUCUGCUCUUCUUCCUUGGCUCCCUUCCUCCUUUCUCUCCCCCAUCCCACCCCACCCCGUCUUUGGCCUGGGGGCCCAAAGCCAUGACUUCCAGCUACGUGCACGUUCUGGAGAGGCAACCGGCCGUCCUGCCCACGCGUCUGGAGAGCCCCGCGAACCUCGACAGCCUCCAGGCGAAAAAGAACUUCUCUGUCAGCCACCUGUUGGAUCUGGAGGAAGCCGGAGACUUGGUGGCAGCGCAGACCGACGAGGGCGUCGGGGAGAGCGGCCGCAGCCUCCUGGAAUCGCCGGGCCUGACCAGCGGCAGCGACACGCAGCAGCAGGACGGUGACCAGCUAAAUUCUGAAGAGAAGAAGAAGAGAAAGCAGAGAAGGAACCGAACUACCUUCAACAGCAGUCAGCUGCAGGCCCUGGAGAGAGUUUUUGAGCGGACACACUAUCCAGAUGCCUUUGUACGAGAAGACCUUGCACGCCGGGUCAACCUCACUGAAGCCAGGGUCCAGGUGUGGUUUCAAAACAGACGGGCAAAGUUUCGCAGGAAUGAGAGAGCCAUGCUGGCCAACAAGAACGCAUCCCUCCUCAAGUCCUACUCUGGGGAUGUGACCGCAGUGGAGCAGCCGAUUGUACCUCGACCCGCUCCAAGGCCCACCGACUAUCUCUCCUGGGGGACUGCCUCUCCUUACAGUGCCAUGGCUUCUUAUUCUGCCUCCUGUACCAAUGCCAGCCCUGCUCAGGGCAUGAAUAUGGCCAACAGCAUUGCUAACCUGAGACUGAAGGCAAAGGAAUACAGUUUACAGAGGAACCAGGUGCCAACAGUGAAUUAGAGACAGCAGAGGAGUGUGGCCUCCGUUGCCGAAAGGGAAGCAACAGGUCAAAAGGGCCGCCAUCUUGCUUGGCAAUUCGUCCAUGCCCAGAAAGCCAGUCAGCCCAAACUAGGACUCAGUAUUGGGAAUAACAGCAGGAUCCAAAUUCAAAGGAAAUAGCUUCAAAGGUGACUCUUCUCUCUCCUGGAAAAUAUUGCCACUUAAAGUACCAGCAAGUCUAUUGUAGCUCAAUAUAGCAUGAGCUUCUUCAGUGAAGGAUGCAAGGCUUAUGACUGCACUUAAACUUAUCCAUUUCCUUCCCCCACCUGCCCCAUGGACCAUUCAUUAGUUUCUGUGCCAGCCACUCACCCCUUUUGUUCAUAGGCCUUUUG